AAGACCUAGAACGCUAAGCCAGGCACCAAUUGACUGCCCCUCCACUGUAACACCCGAGAAAUGUCCCCUCGUGGAAGCGCACCUGUCAAAGACAAGCAAUGGCCGCCACGGGACUUGGGCAGAAGGUGGAUUAUUGAGUUGGUGCUUUGUCUCUAUUGGCGCGACAAUUGCAGUGGACUCUUGAAUUGUGUCAGUUGUGUAAACUAACGUGCAAGAGGACCACGACAAGAACAGUCUAAGGGCGUAGAUAGAUAUAAAUACAAGGAGAUCAUCGUCAGUUCUUGUUCUUCUAGACAAGCUGUUCUUUUUCCUAUUCAAUUUGUGUUCUUCUGUUGUCUCGAUACCCGGCUCAUCACAGUGCCUCACUUGACCACCGACUAACACAUCACCAUUAUGGCUCUUCCUCUUACUGGCAAACUUGCCAUCGUCACUGGUGCCUCUCGGGGCAUUGGUCUAUCCAUUACCAAGGCCCUUGCUGCCCGAGGCGCAAACCUCGUCCUCGCCUACACAUCCGCCAGCUCUGCUGAUUCAACAGCUAAGCUUGCUUCUGAGCUGUCUUCCAAGCAUUCUAUCAAGGUCGUCCCCGUGCAAGCAGACCUCGGCACCGUCUCAGGUCCUGCCUCGCUCAUUUCUCAAGCCGCCGAUGCCUUCAGCCCCCUGCGCAUCGACAUCCUCGUCAACAAUGCGGGUGUUGCUUAUAACGACAAGGUCCCUGACAUCAAGCCUGAGGACUUCACAAAGAGCUACAACGUCAAUGUACUUGGCCCUCUUCUUCUCGUCCAGGCCGCACACCCCUACCUACCCACAGACCGCUCCGGCCGUAUCAUCAACCUCAGCAGUGUAAGCGCAAGUCUUGGUUUUGUUGGCCAGAGUGUCUACGGCGGCACAAAGGCUGCUCUCGAGGCUAUGACACGAACUUGGGCCCGUGAGUUCAGCGAGAGAGCUACCGUCAAUGCCAUCAACCCUGGUCCCGUCCGCUCUGAGAUGUACUCUCGCAACUCGGACGAGUUCAAGCGUCUCAUCAAGCCUUUUAUCCAGAAUGCGCCUCUCAUGGCUGCUCGUCCUGGCAUUGACGAUCCCGAGGUCGUCGAGGAGGCCAAGACUGCGGGUGGUCGAGCAGGUGAAGCUGAUGAGAUUGCUGGCAUCGUCGCUAUGCUUGCCAGCCCUGAGAGUGCUUGGUGCACUGGUCAAGUAAUUUGCGCCAAUGGCGGUAUGAUCUUUGGUAUGCAAUAGAGGGUUUCAUCAUGGAGUAAAGGAAAAUAGAAGUCAGGUGUUUCUCAAGGGCAUGGUCAUUAGAAGGCAUCUUUUGUAGUAAAUUCUACGCAACUUAUACAAAUUCAUGUUAGCCAGUAACUGUGUUGCAAUGAAAGUUAAC